AUGGCUUCAUCAUCUCCAUCAUUAUGUCAACAUUCACAAUGUGAUGCAUUUCAAUUUACAAUCUGUCGUCAUUGUCAAUUAUUUCUUUGUAUAAAACAUUUAGCUGAACAUCAACAACAAUUUCCAAGUGAUUUUCAACGUUUAUUAGAUGAUGCAAGAAGACAACAAGCACAAUUAUCAACAUAUGAUACAAGAAUAUCUGAACAACAACAUCCAAAAUUAAAUCAAAUGUAUGAUAAUGAUAUAAUACAAUAUAGACAAUUAAAUCCAUAUAUACAAUCGAAAAUCUCACAUGAUGACAUGCGUUCAUGUCUUAAUCGAUCAAAUGCAUUUAUGCCUGUUAUGAAUAAAAUCGGACAAUUUACUAAUGAACAUGAUUCAACAAUACAAAUGAAUAAUACACAAUUUGAUGAAGAAAGUUUAUUUGCUUCAUUUGGAGAUCAAACAUCAAUUUUAUUAUCAACAGCUGAUUAUGAUUUAACAGAUAUGAAUAAUAAGCUACCUCGAUAUGCAAUAACGAAUACUAAACAAGAUCAAACGAUAAAAGAAAUUGAAGAUGAAAAUGGACUUCCAGAAACUGAUGUUAAUCAAAUUCACAAUUCUUUAACAGUUCGAGAAUUAAAAACAUAUAAAUGUGACUAUUGUCCAUUAUCAACAAAUAUGUAUGGUAUUGAAUCCCAUCAUCAAGUACGUCAUAUUCCCUGUAUACGUCGUUCAACAUCUCAAAUAUCUCUAUUUGAACAUCUUAAACAAUAUCAUUACUUAAAUUAUGCAGCUUCAAUGCAAAUUGUUCGCUUAGUAUCUUCCGGUGAUCUUGAAGAUCAUCCAAAAUUAUUUUCUCAAGCAAGUCAAUCAUCAAUUGUUUCAAUUCUUCCAUCAUUCUUUCGUGCACCUUGUCCAUUAACUCAACAUAAUGUUUUUGGUCUUGGACCAAUGCAUGGUAUACGUUUAUGUUCACCAUCAACUGAACAACAAGAUUUUGCUUUAUAUGAUCAUUUUCUUGCAUUUCAUCAAUUGAAUCGUGCGAGUGCAAUGAAAUUAGUUAAAGCUAUGAUGAAAAAUGAAAAUAGUAGUCAACGAAUAUUAUUUCGACCAGAUGAACAAGUUUUAAAUGAGACAGCAUAUGUUUCAUGUCCAUUAAGUAAUUAUGAUGUUAUUUUACCACAUCAAGAACGUAUACCACAUACACCAUGUCAAUCAACAGUUAAAUUGCGGUAUUUAACUGGACACUUAAGAGAUGUACAUCAUUUAAAUAAAAUUGCUGCCAAACGUAUUGCAUCUGCACUACGUCAUGAACAAGCGAAUACAAAUGGAAGAUCGAUUGGAUUAUUUGAAAGAGACGAAAACAUUCUCAAAGCAAAAAAGAAAAAGAAUGCUAAUCGCUUUCGGCCACCAACACAAUUAGCAAAAUCGAUUCCACAAAAUAAUAAUCAUCAUCAUCAUCAACAACCUCCUCCUCCUUCAUCAAUCUGGUGA